CACUGUCAACUGUCUCUUUCGUCUACAUUUAAUGGCAGUCGCUAUUAUUAUAUGAAGUUACAGAUAAAUCUUAUGAAUUGACGGUCAUCGGACAUUUAUUUGGUUUGUGGUGAAUCAAAGAAAUUAGUUUUCAUUAUGGCGGAUAAAGUUGAUGAACAAGUGAAAAAGAAGAGGACUUUCAAAAAGUUCACCUUUAGAGGAGUUGAUCUGGAUCAACUUCUGGAUAUGCCUAAUGAACAGCUGAUGGAACUCAUGCAUUGUAGAGCAAGAAGGCGUUUCACUAGAGGACUUAAACGUAAACCUAUGGCGUUAGUAAAGAAACUCCGUAAAGCCAAGAAAGAAGCCCCUCCUCUAGAGAAGCCAGAAAUUGUAAAAACACAUCUACGUAAUAUGAUAAUAGUGCCUGAAAUGGUUGGUUCUAUUGUUGGUGUUUACAACGGUAAAGCCUUCACGCAGGUUGAAAUCAAACCUGAAAUGAUUGGACACUACCUUGGAGAAUUUUCUUUGACCUACAAACCUGUCAAACACGGUAGGCCUGGUAUUGGUGCUACCCACAGCUCCAGGUUUAUUCCUCUCAAAUAAAAUGUUUUGUUUUAUUUUUAAUAGUACAUUUUUCUGAGAGAAA